AUACCUUUUUGGCAGAAAAUAUGAUAGACGAAGAAGCGUUUAUGUUACUUAACGAAAGCGUUUUAAAAGAAAUGAACUUGCCAGUUGGGCAACGCAUCAAGCUGCAGAAAAAAUUACAAGAACUUCAGACUGCUGAAAGGGGGGGCACAGAAUGUGUUGUUUUGGCAUCUUCAACUCCUUCAACUUCCAAAAGAGGAGAUGACACGAAACUGCAAACCACCAAGAGACCUCUAAAUGUAACCUUAAAUACCGAAAUACUUGGAGACACAAACUGCGCUCGACAUGUUAAAAAAUCCAAGCAUGACUUUAAUGUCAGAUCAAUUCUGAAAGGCAGUACAGAAGGUGAUGCCAUCCUGACAGAACUUGAUAGAGGCGAAUUGAGCAGGAAAAAGAGGAUCAAAAUGGUCCAGAUACUUGUUGCUGAUAUUAUUGCAAAUUAUGGAGACAGGCCAACAGCAGAGGUGAAGAUCAGCAUGGCAAGAGAAAUAAUAACAGAAUUCCCUGUUUUAAAGGAUGACGAAGGUUGUGGCUAUGAAGCAUGGUACACACCUGGGAAAGGUAUACACUCCGCCACUGGUUGGCUGGAAGAAAGGCUAAGAAAUGUACGAAAACGCAGCAAUGAACACAACCCAAUUAGACAACCAAAAAUCUCUACACCUUCAAAUCUAAUAAGUUCAGUAACAGCAUUGCCAGAAUCCACUACAACCGAAAAUGAGCACUUAGGAAUGAAAGAGUGGCUGAAACAACAUACUGAACCAGUCUCAACUGUAAAUGCAUACAUGAAGAGGACUGUUCUUAAUCGAGCUAAGUGGAUUAGGGAGAACUCAGAAUUACCUAUACGUGGCAUUAUACUCGAAUAUCCCAGACUGUUUGACACGCCAGGCAUGGUAAAUCAUGUACUGUAGUACGAUAAUUAUAUAUUAUUAUGUAACAUAAAUGAGCAAGUGCAAAAUGUAUUCAAAUGUGGUAUCAGUUAUUACU